UGAACACGUACUCUCAUCAAGCCCUAAGAAGCCGAACCUCUCUGUAUCAGACACCGCCCAGGGUUGCUGAAUAGCUGACUACACUCUCAAUUAAAAGAAAGAAUGGAGCAUCUGAACAUCUCCCUGGUUUUGCUCCUCGUCUUCUGUUCACUGAGUGCUGGGGAAACUUUCUGGACUCAUCUAGGAACACGCUGUAUUGGAGACUGCAAGACAGAUGGGGCCAAGUAUAAGUGCAAAACAAUUGAUAACAAUGGACAGUGCCAGACAAUGUUCUGUUCGCCGAAAGCAAACAUGGACUAUUUGGGAAGGUGGUGCCAUGAAACAAGUGAAUGCAAGAGGGGUGAAAACGGCUACUUUUCAUGCCAAGUCGGUUUAUUUAAGUGGGGAUACUGUGGGCUGGUGAGAGAUGACAACAAACAUUUUGGAAAUAUAGGUGGGCCGUGUCAAAAUUACUGUGGAAAAAAAGAUAAAACCUACAAUUGGUGCAAUGUUGCAAGUGGAACGGCUUACUGUUCGCCUUCUGAAAACACAGAUUACUUGAAUAGGCCGUGUAAGGAAGACAGCCCAUGUGAAAAACAUAAUGACUACUACCACUGGUGUGAAGUGGAGGGAAGCCAGAGUUACUGCGGGCUAGUGGAGCCAAAGGUGUUUGUCCACCGGACUCAUUAUAAUAACUAUUGCUUUGAUGAUUGUGAGUAUUACGAGAGUGGAGAUUACUAUAGGUGUAAUAUAGGCAAUACAAAUGGCUGGGAAUUAUGCUCUCCAGAGGUGGAUGUAGCCUAUAAUGGUCAUGCCUGUCACUCAGAUCACUUCUGUGGCUUACAUGGCAAAACUUACAACUGGUGCUGGACCUCAGAGACAGAACAUGGUUACUGUGGGCCCGUUGAAGCUGCAGAAUGCUCCUACAUCACCUCUACAAAUAGCAGUAGUAGAAACUCUGAUAAUGAACCCCAGAAAAUUGUGAUAUGCACAAGGGUGGACAAGGGAAAGAUCAUUAUAACACACUUUAGUGCUGAGCCAGCUUCUAGGGACAUCACUGAUGGUAUUCAAUUCAGGCAUGAGGUGGAAAAAUUAACCAGUAAAUGGCACAAUGAGUAUCUGGUGGAUGAGGCUCGCUCCAAUCUGAUAUCCUCUGCUAAUCUUCGUGUUGACUUGCAGAGUCCCAUAAUCCAUAACAAUCAGACAUACUACAAUGUGCACAUCCGCCUGAAUAAGGCACGGAGGGCUCGUGAAAGUACCACCGUCUCUCAGGUCCUUGCACCUCAGGGAAUACCUGCUCGUUUAAUUCGCAGAGCCUUUAUGGAGAGCCUCCAGAUGCGAGCUCGGAUUUAUAUUGACGUGUCAACGCUAAAUGAGUGUUAGAUUAGUUGAAAACAUUUAAAUAGAAUAUGGUAG